AUGUCGAUAGAACCAACAGCCAAAAAGGUUAAACCAGAAACUGAUCAUCAGACAGGUUCAAGUGUUCAAUUAAAUCCAGUUUUUAGACACCACCACAACUACCAUCUCCGCCGUACGCCGGAGACUGUGGAAUGCAGUAUACUAUGCAUAUCUACAAUGUCGAAAGUAUGGGGAAAUAUUGGCGCCUGGGCGGCGGAAGCCGAGCGCGCCGAAGCGGAAGAGAAAGAACUAGCUGCUGCGGCGGCAGCCGCUCCACCCCAGAGCUAUCCGAGCCUGAAAGAGGCGGUUAACACUAAUAAAGGGAAGAAGAAGACGAAAAUGACGUUACAUGAGUUCACGAUGGCAGGGUCUGGAGGUCUAGGCGGUGGCGCUUCGUCUCGUGAAUUGGCUUAUGACCGUAAAGGAUUGACUCCUGAAGAAAUGAUGCGGCUCCCGACCGGGCCAAAAGAGCGUUCGACGGAGGAAAUGCAAUAUGGGAGGCUCGGAGGUGGUUUCUCGUCCUAUGGAGGUGGUCGCGGAGGGCCGAGGAUGCGUGAUAGGGAGGGAGAAGGCGACGCUGCAUGGGGUAAUAAUCGGAGAUCUUAUGGUGAGUUUGUUGAUGAUCGUAGAGUUUCAUCUCCUCGGAUUUCGGAAUAUGAUCAACCAUCUAGGGCAGACGAGGUCGAUAAUUGGGCAAUGACGAAGAAACCUAUGACGCCUACUUAUGACGCUCUCACUAGACCUAACCGUUACGGUUCUCUCGAUGGAGGUGGUGGCGUUGGUGGCGGAAUUUCUAGAGCUGACGAGAUUGAUAAUUGGGCUGCGAGCAAGAAGCCCAUGCCACCCGCCAGGUCUUCUAAUUUCGGUCCUGGUUUUCGGGAUUCCGGUGGUUCUGAAGACGAUCGUUGGAAAAGGGGCGUUAUGACUCGUGAUGGUGAUCAAGAACGACCAACGGAACGCCGGCGUUUAGUGUUAGAUCCACCAAAGGGUGACAGUGCUCCAGUUGAGCCAUCGGCGCACACCAAUAAACCGAGUCCUUUUGGGGCAGCUAGGCCCAGGGAAGAGGUAUUGGCUGAGAAAGGUUUGGAUCACAAGAAGGUGGAUUUGGAAAUUGAUGCUAAGAAAAGUAGCAGUCGGCCCACGAGUUCACAUUCCGGCAGUUCAGUAGAGGGCCGGACUGCAUUGCAGCCUCAGGGAUUAGAGAAGACAAGGCCUAAGGUGAACCCUUUUGGCGAUGCUAAACCCAGAGAAGUCUUGCUUCAAGAGAAAGGUAUUGAUUACAGAAAGAUUGAUGUAGAGUUGGAGCGUCGUCGGCUUGGCAAGUGUGACACAGAAGAAGCGAUAAAGAAUUUGAAGGAAGAGAUAGAUAAUAUGAAGAGAGAAUAUAAUUCUGGUUCAGAUGCAAACAACCAAUCUAAUGGAAAUGGAAACCAAAGCAGUAGUAGUUUAAGUGACAGAAUACUUGAAAAAGAACGGAAACUGGAACAACUUAACCAUGAUCUAAAUUACAAAAUCCGGUUCAGUCAAAAACCAGUUGAAAGAACUGGUUUCGGGUCGAUUGAUGAUUCCAAAAGUGUUGACUCAUCAGAGACACGUGGCAGUAACAGAGAUCAUUCAUGGGUAAGAAAAGGUGAUGACAGAGGAGGGUUUGGAAGAUCAAACUCAAAGGAAAGAUGGUGAAAGCUGCUGUCGACAAGUAUAGAUCAGAUUGACAUUUUUUCUUUUUUUGGUAACUUUUACACACACUUAUAUAUAUGUUGUCUGUUCUUUUUAAUGAUUGAGAUUUGAGACUAUGUAAAGUUGCACAAGCUGAGUCUUUUGUUUACCUUCGUUGUUUUAUUUCUUUUGCGCUUUAGAAUUUAGGUAGGGUGUUAGAUUCGUAAAGUCUAUUUGGAAGGAAUGAAAUUGUGGAG